CAUCAGUAAAUGCUAAAUUUGGCAAUAUUCACAACUUUGUUGGAUAGUUAGUGUGCCAUUCCGAUCACAGUAAAAACAUAUUCCGACAGUCCAUGAAUGCAGCCUUGGGUUUGGUUUAUACCAAACGCUUGCAAAAUGCUAAAGGAAAAUACGUUAUUUUGGCAUCUAUGUGAAGAACAACACGUCCUUAAAAACUCUGUAUAACAUAGUAGGCUCACAAUGGAUGAAGAAACAAAGAUGCGAACCAGAUGUCAUCUUUUGGACUUGCCCUGGGAGGAUGUACUUGUUCCACAUAUUUUGUGCUAUUUGCCGCUGCAACACCUUGUCAGCCUGCAGAGGGUGAGCAAGCAGUUCCACAGCCUCAUCCAGAUGUAUUUGGCCAACUGCAGGACUUUUGAUCUGUCCUCGAUUGGACCAUCCAUUCCCAAGGAAGCAUUUUGCUCCAUCUUAAAGGACAACAAACUUCUCCACAACCUCUCACUCCAGAACUGUUCAGCCUGGGUGACAGACAAGGAGCUGCUGCCAGUUAUCGGCCAGAACCAACACCUGCAGAGAGUGGACAUGAGCGGAUGUGUUUGGCUCACCCGUCACUCCCUGGUGGCCGUGUCCUUGAGCUGCAUGCACCUCCAGAACCUCGGCCUGGCGCACUGCGAGUGGGUGGACAGCCUGUCCCUGCGCAGCCUGGCUGACCACUGCAGGGGGCUGCAGUCCAUUGACCUCACAGCCUGCCGCCAGCUCAAAGACGACGCCAUCUGCUACCUGGCCAAGAAGUGUUUGAAGUUGAGGUCUCUAUCUUGUGCAGUCAACGCCAACGUCACUGACGAAUCGGUAGAGGAGGUGGCCAAAAACUGCAGGGGCCUGGAGCAGCUGGACCUGACAGGCUGCCUGCGGGUCAGGAACCAGUCCAUCAGGACUCUUGCAGAGUACUGCCCGAAGCUGCAGUCCUUGAAGGUGAAUCACUGUCACAAUGUGACAGAGUCAAGCCUGGAUCCUCUACGGAAGCGCAAUGUAGUGAUAGAUGUUGAGCCUCCUUUACAGAGGGCUCUGGUGCUUCUUCAGGAUGUGCUGGGGUUUGCUCCCUUUAUCAAUCUCCAGAUAUAGCCAAAGGGCCAUCUAUCAGGUGUACGUGAGUUGCUUUCACGUCAAGACAAUUCAAGAAGACCUGGAUGUUUUUACACUCAAGUUUAAAUAUAAUGUUGACAAAAACACUCACUGGAGUGUGAUCAAAAAUGCAUAUUUAAGAUGAAACUGAAAACAAGUUUGCAUUUGCAAAUGACUGAAGAAAGCCAUGUACUUUUAAGAAUUGCUGCCUCAUGUCCAAAAGAUGUCACUGCACUAUUUGGCAAUCAUUCAGUGUUGUAAUAAUUGUGGCUAUUUAAGUACAGACAAUUAAGUAAAGUGUAUUGUUUUGUUGGUUUUUUAACAAACUACAUACUUUACUUUGUGUGUAUGACACUUUAAGAAACAUUUAAUCUUAUGUUUCAUUUAGAAACAUUAAAAAAAACGUUUGAGUUUAAUUAAACAUUUCAUUUUGCAUGGAUGUGCCAGUUUAAAGGAUAAAUUCACCCAAAUCAUGCGAAAACAUUUUAUCUCACUUGCGCCUUCAUGUGUCCAGGUUUUUUUGUGUGUCUCCACUACUGAGACUUCUGCUUUCACCAAAAUACAAUGAAGGUGAAUGCAAUUUUGUUAGUGGUGCUUAGGCAUGGGCCGGUUACCGGUUUCAAGGUAUACCGUGGUUUGAAAAAUUUUCAAAACCACUGAACUUUUCUGUCAUACAGUUCCUAAGAUAUGAACUGUUUUUGGUGAGUGGUCAAGGACAUAAAGUGCAGUUUAGAAAUCCCUCUCCCUGCCAGUGUGCAGUGGGUUAAAUACAUUGUGUUCAAUGGAAAAACCUUUUUUUUUUACCCAGACAUUUAAAAAAAUUAAUACAUUUUAAAGCUGUAAUUGCAAUACAGUGAAACCGUGAUAUUUUCCCUGAAGGUUAUCAUGCCGUCAGAAUCUUAUACCGGCCUAUGCCUAGUGGUGCUGACCAUGUGUCUUCCAGAAACGAUGUCCUGGCUCCUCAGGAUAAUCCACAGACCUCACUGUCAACCGUGUUUUAACUGCUUCCAAAUAAAAACUGUUGACAAGCUU